GUCAGAGCCGCGGCGUGGGCGGGACCAGCGGAGGCCAGGAAGCGGCGGCGGCCCCGCGGAGGCUUUUCCUGCCCGCGGCCCCGGAACGGAGCGGAACGGGGCGGACGGACCCGCCGGGCAGCGCCGGAGAUGACGACGCUGACGCACCGGGGCCGGCGGGCCGAGGGCCGGGGCUGCGAGAGGAAGGGCGAGGGCGAGGAGGAGGCUGCGGACAGGGAGCUGAACGAGGACGAGCCCGAUGACUCCAAGGACAUCCGCCUGACCCUCAUGGAGGAGGUGCUGCUCCUGGGCCUGAAGGACAAGGAGGGCUACACCUCGUUCUGGAACGACUGCAUCUCGUCGGGGCUGCGGGGCGGGAUCCUGAUCGAGCUGGCGCUGCGGGGCCGCAUCCGCCUGGAGCCGCCCGCCCUCAGGAGGAGGAGGCUGCUGGAGAGGAAGGUGCUGCUGAAGUCGGACGCUCCCACUGGGGAUGUGCUGCUGGAUGAGACCCUCAGGCACAUCAAGGCCACAGAGACGGCAGAGACGGUGCAGACCUGGAUCGAGCUGCUCACUGGAGAGACCUGGAACCCCUUCAAGCUGCAGUACCAGCUGCGCAACGUGCGCGAGCGCCUGGCCAAGGCCCUGGUGGAGAAGGGCAUCCUGACCACGGAGAAGCAGAACUUCCUGCUCUUCGACAUGACCACGCACCCCGUGUGCAACGCCUCCGAGAAGCAGCGCCUGCUCAAGAGGCUCCAGGAGAGCGUCCUGGAGCGUUGGGUCAACGAGCCGCAGCGCAUGGAGCGCAGGACCCUGGCCCUGCUGGUGCUGGCCCACGCCUCGGACGUGCUGGAGAACGUUUUCGCCAGCCUGGCCGACGACAAGUACGACGUGGCCAUGAACAGGACCAAGGACCUGCUGGAUAUGGACCCUGAGGUGGAGGCUGCCAAGGGCAAGGGCAUGGAGAUGAUCUGGGCCGUGCUGGCGGCCUUCAAUAAGUCCUAAAAGCUCUCCUUGGUGGGUCCCAUCAUGGGGUUCCACCCUGGGGUCUCCCCAGAGGGACCUGGACCUGGAAGCUGCCAAAGGCCAGGGCACAGAGAUGAUCUGGGCCAUGCUGGUGGCCUUCAAGAAGUCCUAAACCCCUCCUCACAUGGGGCAGGGGAGACCCUUGAUGGGUCCCAUCCUGAGGUCUCACCUGGGGUCCCACCCAAGGGUCUUCCCAGAGGGACCUGGACCUGGAAGGUGACAAAGGCAUGGCCACAGAGAUGAUCUGGGCCAUGUUGGUGGCCUUCAAUAAGUCCUAAAAGCUCUCCUUGGUGGGUCCCAUCAUGGGGUUCCACCCUGGGGUCUCCCCAGAGGGACCUGGACCUGGAAGCUGCCAAAGGCCGGGGCACAGAGAUGAUCUGGGCCAUGCUGGUGGCCUUCAAGAAGUCCUAAACACUCCUCACAUGGGGCAGGGGAGACCCUUGAUGGGUCCCAUCCUGAGGUCCCACCUGGGGUCCCACCCAAGGGUCUCCCCAGAAGAACCUGGACUUGGAAGGUGCUAAGGGGAAAGGCACAGAGAUGAUCUGGGCCAUGCUGGUGGCCUUCAAGAAGUCCUAAACACUCCUCACAUGAUGUGGGGGAAAUCCUUGAUGGGUCCCAUCAAGGGGACUCCACACCCUACAUGGGGUCCUAUCAGGGGGAACCCUCUCCCUAGAAGGACUUGGACCUGAAAGGUGACAAAGGCAUGGCCACAGACAUGAUCUGGGCCAUGUUGGUGGCCUUCAAUAAGU